AUGCGACCUUUUUACUUUUUAUGGACAACUAAUAGAUGGUUGUUUGUACGUGUAGAAUUCAUUGGUGCAUCACUAUGUCUCUUUCUUGGAUUGAUCUUAGUUUACAAAAUGGAACAAUUGGAUGCAGGGUUGGCUGGCAUUGUACUGACAUUAGCAUCCAGUCUUUUAGAAUAUAUCUAUUGGAUGAUGAGACAAUCAACAGCAGUUGGUAUGCAUUUUGAUGCUGUGCAACAUAUCAAUGAAUAUAUGGAUAUGCCUCAAGAACCACCAGGUGUAUUAGAUGGAUCACGACCUCCUGCAGCGUGGCCAACAUCAGCGGCAAUUCAAGUACGUGAUUUGAUGAUUGGUAGUACGGAAGAAUGUAUCUUGAAACACGUGUCCUUUACUGUGCUUCCUGGUGAAAAGAUGGCCUUGGUAGGUGGCGGUGAACGAAACGCGUUUCUUCUUUGUCUAUUUCGAUUCCUUGAUCCUUUACGUGGCUUUAUCAAGGUGGAUGGUGUGAACAUUGCUUGGAUUGGAGUAGAAGACCUUCGUUCAAGAAUCACGUUUAUUUCUAAAAAUUGUGAUUUUAUCGGUGACACAGUACGUAGUAAUUUGGAUCCAUUUGGAGAAUAUGAUGAUUAUGAAUUAUGGCAAGCACUUUAUCGAGUUCAUUUGGCAAGUCCAGAAGAUGGAUUAAAUGAAGGAAUGAUUUAUGAUUUGGAUAUGGUGAUCCGUCAGAACAAAAUGAUGUUUUCGACUGGUGAUAAACAACUAUUGGCUAUGGCUCGUGCUUUUUUACGUGAUGCUGUCAAACUUGUGGUGAUUGAAGAGGCGAGUGAAGAUCAUCUUAAAAUAGCACGUAUCAUCACGGAAGAAUUGAUGGAUUCUACUGUACUUUUGAUUGCUCAUGGUUUAGAUCAUGCAUUGGAAUAUGAUCGAGUGAUUGUCUUUGAUGAAGGUGAAUUAGUUGAAAUUGGAAGACCUAUGGAACUUUUAAAAGACACCAAUAGUAGAUUACAUAUGUUCAAAUAAUCUUUUAUUUUUUUUUUCAUAUCUAUUAUAUACAAAUCUAUAUUUUAUUUUUAUUUUUUUUAGAUUAAUAAAAAAUUUCUUUUAAAAAAUUUUACAUGAAAUUUCAUCUCUA